GAAAAUAGAACUGCUUUUAUUCAACAAACAAUCAUGGCGACCUACAUGAACCGCAAACAGUUGCUGAACAAGGUUGUUCAGUUACUGCGGUUUCAGAGGACUUUUGCCUCUGACAGUGUUCCGAAGAUCACGACACACUAUACCAUACAUCCAAGAGACCAAGAUCCAAGAUGGAAAGAUGUGGAUAUGGAAAGAGUCAGCGACGAGGUGGAUGUCCUCAUUGUGGGAGGGGGCCCGUCAGGAUUGGCCGCAGCUUGCAAACUGAAGCAACUGGCCAACGAGAGUGGGAAGGAAGAGAUGCGUGUCUGCCUGGUGGAGAAAGCAUCUGAAGUCGGUGGUCAUACUCUGUCUGGUGCCUGCAUGGAGCCGAAGAGUCUAAAUGAAUUGUUUCCCGACUGGAAAGAAAUGGGUGCGCCAGUGAAACAAGAGGUGAAGAUAGACAAGUUUUAUUUCCUGACUGAGAAGUCACGACUCCCCAUUCCUAUAUUGCCAGGAAUGCCUAUAAAUAACCACGGCAACUACCUCAUCCGACUGGGUCACUUUAUCAGAUGGCUCGGAGAGCAGGCGGAGAAUUUGGGGGUGGAGUUGUAUCCAGGAACUGCAGCUAGUGAGGUAUUAUAUCAUGAAGACGGUAGUGUGAAAGGUAUUGCUACCAAUGAUGUCGGAAUAGCGAAAGAUGGAUCGCCCAAGGACUCUUUUGAGCGUGGGAUGGAACUGCAUGCUAAAGUGACCAUGUUUGCUGAAGGUUGUCACGGGUCUCUUUCGAAGACUUUGUUCAGUAACUUCAAUCUACGAGCGAAUUGUGAGCCGCAGUCGUACGGUAUUGGCCUGAAGGAAUUGUGGGAGAUUGACCCGUCUUUGCACGAGCCGGGCCGGGUGGAGCAUUCUGUGGGAUGGCCUUUUGACAGGGACACCUAUGGAGGUUCUUUCUUGUAUCAUAUUGAAGAUGAUGGAGCACCUUUGGUGGCAGUGGGAAUUGUUGUUGGUCUUGAUUAUACAAACCCUUAUCUGAAUCCAUUCCAAGAGUUCCAGAGGUUCAAGCUGCAUCCGGGAAAUGUGAAGUUGUUUCAGAGUGGCAAAAGAAUAGCCUAUGGUGCCAGGGCGUUGAAUGAAGGUGGUUUCCAGAGUAUACCUAAGCUGACAUUCCCUGGCGGUUGCCUAAUUGGCUGUAGUCCAGGUUUCCUGAACGUGCCAAAGAUCAAGGGAAUCCACAAUGCAAUGAAGAGUGGAAUGGUUGCUGCUGAAGCCGUCUAUGAAAAGAUUGUUGAAGAAGAAACUAACCCCUCUUCUCAAACCGUUGGACUCGACCCUUCAUCAUAUGAAGACAGGAUUCGUUCCAGCUGGGUCUGGUCUGAGUUGAAAGCAGUAAGGAACGUUCGCCCAUCCUUCCAUACACCUCUGGGCAUGUACGGAGGUCUGGCCUACACAGGAAUCAUGUACUACAUCCUGCGUGGACUCGAACCCUUCACUUUGUCCCAUGGAGGUCCUGACUACUCAAAGCUGAAGCCGGCCUCCGAGUGCAAGCCCAUAGAGUACCCAAAGCCUGACGGGCAAGUGACCUUCGACCUGCUUUCAUCUGUGGCCUUGACUGGCACCAACCACGACCACGAUGAGCCGGCACAUCUGACCUUGAAGGACGACAGUGUGCCCAUGGCCAGAAACUACGCUGUGUUUGAUGGACCAGAACAAAGAUUUUGCCCUGCAGGUGUGUACGAGUAUGUAGAGACAGAAGAUGGCACCGGCCACCGCCUUCAGAUCAAUGCUCAGAACUGCAUCCAUUGCAAGACCUGUGAUAUCAAGGACCCAAGUCAGAACAUCAACUGGGUGUGUCCUCAGGGAGGGGAGGGUCCAGCCUACAACGGAAUGUAGGUGGAAGGAUGGAUGGAAAAAUUAGAAUGAUGAUAACUUCGUCCCGGUUGUAACGAAAUUGCCGAAGUUAGUUCUUGUUGUUAGAGAAAACUUUGAAAUGCUGUUCUUUCCUAAGUUAACCCUAUGACUUUAGUAAAAGUAGAAGGGUUUUCAAUUAAUUGAAUGUUUGGUUCAAGAAGCAAAACCCUGUUAUAAUGAGGAUAUGAAACAAGCAUCAGAUGUUUUUUUGUACCAUACAAAUAACUACCCACCAGGGGGAAAAUGGCUAUUGCAAUUUGUUUUAUUAACAUUUUGUUUGCUUCUUGUAUGCAGUUGUGUGACAUAUUGAUGUGAACAAAUGCAGCCCCCCCCCCCCCCCCCCCUCCUCAAACUACCACCACAAGCAGCAAUUUGGAGGGCUAUUGGAGCAGUAUCAACUUUGAGAUUAUUUAUAGGGUGCUUCGAAAAGAUUUUCACACUUGAACGUUUUUUUGUUUACAUUCUUCACUAGCAUUAGCCACCUGUUUGAUGUAUCAACUUGCUAUGUACUUCAAUCUCCUGGUGUUCUUAUUCUUUUGCACUUAAUGAAAGUGAAAUUAGAUUCUGUCUGCUGACACUCACUCUGACUCUCUUUUGUUGUUAAAAAUAUAGUGGAGACUACAGCUUAAUGUCAGUGAUCUAUUUCUAUCAUAGCCAUAGCCAAACUAACCACUGAGGAAAUCUUGUGGAAGACACAUGUGGCAUGUCAAGGCAAAUUUGUUGUACAUGCAGAUAGUGCGAGUUUCUGCCAAGAAGCAAAGUCUUUACUCUUUCCUGUUCAGAUGGAUUUUCAUGGUUUUGUCCAACCCAUGUGUUGUAGAUAUGAUGAGUUGACGUUUAUGUUUGGAGAGGCCAGUUACUGGACAUAAUUUGCAAUGGAGACUUGUUACAUAGCAAAAGGAUUGCAACUGAAUAAUGUACAAGGAGAUGUAUUUUUUAAAAUGUGCACAGAAUGGGUGUACUAUUGGGGGAAAAAAUGUCUGAGGAGACCAUACCAUUUCGAUGAUAGAUCAUGAAUUGGCCCAGAUGUGGCACUGGUUCUCGACGAAAUAUUGUAAAUUAAGGUCAGAUGCUCAAUGUGACUUUCCUACCAGUUUGAACAGCUUUUUGAAGCAUCCUGUACAUUACAUUACAUUCAUUACACUUCUGUGAAGAUAGUCAAAGUUCAAGUGUGAAACAUGCUAGCUGUUUUUAUGAAAGAAAAGACAGUGAACAUUUUUCAGACCUGUUCUGGACUUCCAAUUUUCUUUACAUGUCAGCAUGAAAUAAUAUUAUCUCACUGUUUUAUUAUUUGUUAAUUUUAUUUUAAAAGCUGUCGUAGGCAAUCAAUUCUAAUUAAUGGGCUUUAACAAAGGAGGGAAAGGCGUGAGAUGCUCUUUACUGUAUCUACUAGUCCCAGAAGUUGGGCCCUAACCUUGGGUUGGGCUCUUCCUCAAGUGAUUCUUUUCUUUUUAACUUUUCACCGUUUAGUGCUUAAGCUUUUAGAAAGGAAAAAUUGAUCAUUCGAAUUAUGAUUUAUAUAUAUAAGCUCAUGCUGAUUGUUGGUAUUUCAAAUAUUUCAGUUUUGAAUCGGCAGUUUGUUCAAGGACAGGGUGAUUCAAAUGUGGCAUUUGAAUAUUGUUAUAGAUUUACGUUAUUAUUUUCAUUCGGUAGCUUAUUGCUGCAUUGUUCACAGUAUUGUUUCAUUUUAUUUAAAAAGUAAGUUUGAAGAAAGUGUUGUGAGGAAGGGCGACGCUAUAUUCUGUCAUCUCUGCCUUCCUGCCUAUUCUGUCCUUAUUCUGGCUUCUGCACCAGAUGGACAUUUUGAGAGUCAUUUUUUGCAUCUUGUAAACUGUACUUUCAUUUUUAACAGCACUAUUUUCCUUCUGAUGUCACUUGCUUUUUAAAAUGAUUUUCAGUUGUGCAAAUCUUGCAGUGAAAAUAAAAUCAAUGAGGAGGUGAUGGGAACCCCCCCGUAGUGUGGAAGUGUGGACAUGAUGUGAAUGAAAUGAAGUGCUGUGGUGAUUUCUACUAAAAGUCAUGGUUUUGUUAUGUCCUGUAUGAUUGGUGUGUAUAAGUUUACUGUAGAAUAUCUGUGGAGUUGUUAGGCACAAUUAUUCUAACACUAGUGCCGUUUGACCACUGCUACCUCGUACUCUUAAGGCUGGUACUGAGCAAACAACAUGUGCUGACCAAGCAGUCAACAUUUGUUCAGUGUAUUCCUUGGACCUGUUCUGUAAGGAUGCUUUACAAAUUAACAGUUAUGACUGUGACAAUUUCAUUUACUAUGUGAGAAUAUUUUAGAGAGAGGAUCAGAACCCAUGUCCCUGCUUACAUGUGAAAUAAUUGUUUAGAUCAAUGGUUCCAGUCACAUGUGUGGCUUUUAUCGUAGAUCGAACCCACUUGUUGGACAGGGCUUGGGAUCUCUCCCAGCUGCUAGAAGCUGAAUCAUUUGAGAAAAGCACAAAAAGGUGGUAGCUAUAGCCUCAACACCAGAAAUCUACAUUGAACAUAUUGGACUAAACCGUUUAACACACUGAUAUAAUGAGACGAGGGAGCCAGUAAUUUCUUCUCAUGGCUAUCCACUCACUUGACUUUUUGUGAUCAGAGAAUGUUAUUUUGGAGACCCAGUCUCUUGAAUAAAUUCUCACAAUGUUAAAAUUAAAACUCACAUAGUACUACUACUAGUACAGCGUAAGCUUAGAACGAGAAUGCCUGUGUGUAGAAUUAAAAGAUGACAGGUUGAGAUGGUGUUCGGGUGUCUGUACUCUCUGUGUGUACAUAUAUGCAUCCGUGUAUACAGGAGCCUGUAUUACCUAUGUGAACAUUGUUUGGGUACACAGGCGUCUGUUUUGUACGUGCGUCUAUCUGUGUAUACUUUUGUAUUCUCUACGUGUACAUGUUCGUGUAUACAGAAUGUGUACAUGUUUCUGUAUUCUCUAUAUAUGUACAUGCAUCUGUAUUCUUUAUACAGGUGUUUGUAUUCUCCCUGUGCUUGAUUUGAAGGGGUCUGUGCUCUGUGUGUGUUCAAGCAUCUUUGUGUACAGACGUCUGAAUUAAAAUCAUGACACAAUGGAAACAAAUACACACAGUUGAAACAUCUUUUUGAUUUUUUUUGUUCCUUUUUCCCCCAGAUGGUUUGCCUUUUUUAAAACCAAUUAUCAAAGUAUUCUUAAAUUGUUGAAUUAUAUAGAUCUAUGUUUUAUUUUACUGGUGAUCACAGUAAUUUAAACAGUUUUUAAAAUAAUGAAACAGGCUUCAAAAUGAAAGGGGGAACAAUAUUCUUUAUCAUAAAUAUAGUAUAUCAUUUUAAUGUUGUGCGGGCUAGAGAUUCUAUCUGAACUAUACUUCAAAGUGAAAGAGUAAAUCAUUUUUUAAAAAGAAGUAAUUGUUUAGGUGGUGCAAUAUGUGAACUGGACAUUUUUUGUAAGGGAAAAUUCUAUGUAUGUGGGGCUUUGUGAAGGAAUGCAUAAUAUUCAAUUUUUAAAAUUCGCUUUUUCACUUUAGAUUGAGAGGACAACUUUUCGUUUAAAAAUGUUUUGUAUUUGCUGCUGCCAGCGGCUUAAUGCUGCUUCAGUUCAGUUUUUUCGUCAGCAGCCUCUUCAUUGUGAGUCAGAUAAUCAGCUCUUUCAGCACUAUUCACUUUGGAUAUAAUACAGUUUGUUCUCCACAAAGCCACUUUGCAUUAUUAUGAUAUAUAUCGUCAGCCAGCCGUUCGAAUGUAUUAAUCCCAGAAUUUUGAAACUUUAUUUUAUUGCAAUUUCUUAGUAUGUGGUAGUGGUUGCAUGUAAUCAAAAAAUAUUUUAUGGUUAUUCAAAUUCUGAAUGUUGGGAAGAGCAAGAAAAUGUACAUCAUUUUGGUAAAAUUGUUAAAAGAAGUUUUGCUAUCUCCUGUACAAUUGUGCUUUCUGGGCUUACUACAUUUUAACAGCUGUCUGACGGUAUAUUUAUUUUAUUAUUAUAAUUAUAAUUAUUAUUACAUAUAUAUAUAUAUAUAUAUAUAUAUAUAUACAGUCAAACCUGAAUUAAUGGUCAUGUCUCCAUAACGGUCACCUGAUUUAAAUUUAAAUUUAUGUUGCAUGACUGUCUUGGUUUUUUUUUCCCUAUAUCUUUAACCUGUCAAUCGUGGUCCCUUUCCAACCCUGCGACGUCAGUAAGUUUCAUGACAAGUGGGCCUCAAAGCCUGCUCACAGUGGUCUCUUGCUCACAGUGGUCACUUGCUUAAAAAGUUUUCCGUCAACCCACCCUCAAACUCAAACUGAGUGUACAUUCAAUUAGGGCAAAGAAAGUCUCUUGAUAGAGGUAACAAUACUUGAUGGAAUGGAAAUGAAAAGAUGAAAUUUAGAAUUCAGAUUCAUCUGUUAACUUUGUCGAAUCUAGUGAGUGACCAUAACUCAGAUACUGUCCAUAGCACCCACUGACUAUAACAGUCACUUUUCUCUUAAAUCCUGAAUGAUAAUUAUAAUAUAUAUAGAUAUGCUGUACCUACAAAAGCUGAUAACAGUAGUGUGUCAUGGUUAUGACUCCAGUUGUUAGGGAAACACUUCUAUUACCCCUUAGUCUAAACUAUGUCCAUGUACUUAUUGUGGUCGUUAUUGUAUCUAAUCACACCAGUGUCUGUGGCAGAAUGGUUAGGCUCUUCAUCGCUGUAGGUAAAAGAUGUCAGUUCAAUACCCUUAUUGAUCUAAGAAUUGUUUCGACGAGGGUGUACAAUAUUCAUAAUCAUGACAAUCCUCUUUGUGUCACUGAAAUAAAGAGACUCAGUAUAAUUUAAGAAAGCUUUUGACUGGAUAUGAUUUUAGCUUGGAUUGCUUUGAGUGAUCUCAAAUUCUGUCACUUAAGUACCGAUAAUUGCGGUGUGAACUAUUUUAUUCAGUUUUUACUCAAAAUCCACAAGCUUUAUAAUUAUAGAAUUUAUGUUAAGUGGUGGGAGGGAGCCUAUGGUAGGUCUUGCUUCUUUAUCAUCUGUCUCUUGUUUCUGUGUAUCUUGCCCUCCCCCCCUCCCCCCUCUUAAAAAAAGCUCUAAAUACAUGACCAUUAUUAUGACAAUGUACUUCUCUGUACUUCAACUCCAAUUCAGAAUUUAUACAUGUAUUCUCUUUUAUUUUAGAAUCAGUUGUAAUUUUGAAAAGUUAUGGUGUUUUGUAUUCUCUUACCUCUCAGGAUUUUGAGGGACCUAAACAUAAUGAUACAUAGCUUAGAGCACUGGGGUUAUGAGAUGGAGUAAGACUGCUUUAAAAAUGUUGGUUUUCUUUGGAUCUAUAUGUUACUAAGACGCGCGAUGGUUUGUAUUACUACUGAGAAUUUGUUGCAAGUGCACUUGUUUCCUGUUGUGAAUUGUACUUGGAUGUGCACUGAUAAAUCUUAAUGAAUAAAACGAUAAGUAAAACA